AUGGAAGAAGUGAACCUCACCCAGGUCUCCGAGUUCUUGUUCUUGGGGUUCUCAGAGGACCCCAAACAGCAGCAGCUACUUUUCGUCAUUUUCAUGAACAUGUACUUGGUGACCGGGCUGGGGAACCUGCUCAUCAUCCUGGCCAUCCGCAUGGACGCCCGGCUCCACACGCCCAUGUACUUCUUCCUGGCCAACCUGGCCUUCGUAGAUAUUUGUUUCACCUCCACCACCGUCCCCAAGAUGCUGGCCAAUCACGUGUCAGGACGCAGAGGGAUCUCUUACGCAGGCUGCUUGACCCAGAUGUUCUUCUUCAUCUGGUUUGGGGGCAUUGACAGUUUCGUUCGGACCGCCAAGGCCUAUGACCGCUACGUGGCCAUCUGUCACCCACUGCAUUACACCACAUCCAUGACCCCAUGGCUCUGCGGGCUCCUACAGGCUUCCUCCUGGACCGCUGCCUUAGGGAACGCCCUGACCCACACAGUCUUACUGACCCGCCUUUCAUUCUGCACCCACAACUGGGUCCCCCAUUUCUUCUGCGACCUGAGCGCUCUGCUGAAGCUGGCCUGCUCGGACACGUUUCUCAACAAUGUCAUGGUGUACACGGUGGGCAUCCUGACCAUCAUCACCCCCUUCAUGGGCAUCUUGGUGUCCUACACGCGCAUCGUCGCUGCGGUGUUGAAGAUCCCAUCCACCGGAGGGAGGUGGAAGGCUUUCUCCACCUGCGGCUCUCACCUGUCUGUGGUGACCUUGUUCUACGGGACGUUCAUCGGGGUUUAUUUCAGCCCCAUGUCCCCCCACCCGCCCCGGAACGCCAUAGCUGCCGCAGUGAUAUACACCAUGGUCACCCCCAUGCUGAACCCCUUCAUCUACAGCCUGCGCAACAGUGACAUGAAGGGUGCCCUGGGGGCGCUGGUCUGCAGGAGGCCGGCUUCGUUCCGGUUACUGCAGGGUUGGGAGGUCUGA